UUUUACUCCCUACUCCCUAAAGAAGAAGAAGCGGGGGGCGAAGAGGAAAGAGCAAGAGAGAAAGUUGCAGUUGACUUGUUGAAAAAUAUUUUUACUGUUGUUGCAGUGCGGAUGGAGAGAAAAGAAAGAGAGAUAAGCAAAGAAGAGCUCCAAAGCUGGAUCAGAGAUGAGGUUCACAAACCCAGGCUGCCCACUGCUGGCACUCUUAUGAAAUACCGGCUGCUGCAGUCUCUACUAGAAAGAAGGCAAACACAGGCAACCAGAUUUUUAAAGCUCUGUCAGUCUGUUGUGACAUUUGAGAACACUGUGAAGGAACUGUACUCUCAGUUGGGAUGGGAGUACACAGACUUGGAUUCAGACGGUGAGGACGGAGAAGAACCCACGAGCUGCAGGCGUACUUUACCAUUUGUGUUUGUUUCUUCGGGGGAUCGUAUUCGCAGACCUUCAGCUUCCAGGGACUCAACUUCACAGUCACCAGUGUCAGAACUUGAAGAAUGUCAGGAGGAAGUUGUUGUUCAAAAAAGCCUCUGUGUCGCUUUAGAAAAAGAACCUGUGGUGGUUUUGAGUAAACUUACAGAUUCUGAGAUUUCUGCCGCUAUCCCAUCUCUUUCGUCUGACUCUGACAGCGAUAACGAGGAUAAUUUAAGCUCUCCGGAGUCAGAUGCUCAGUGGGAACCAGAGAAAGAGGCGAGUGAGUCAGACUGUUCACUCUCAGAUUUUAGUACUGGAUCCAAAAAGAAGAGAAAAAUUAAUAAAAAUGGACAAAAACAUGCAAAGCUCAAUCUGGCUUCCAAAAGAAGCAGAAUAUCUUCACCAGAGACCAGGAGGAGCAAGAGAUCAACGACUACCGUCAAAAAACCCAAAUACAAGGAGAGUGAUGUGUCGGGAUCGUCGAGCUUACCAUCAACUUCAGAUAGUGAUGAUUUAAGCGGCAAAGAAGAUGCUGUAGCACUUCGGUCCCUCUCUACAAAACUAACGAGGUCCCUCACCAGAAAGACAAUAAAGACAUCCCGAACCACUGCAGCAGUUGCAACAAAAACGCAAGGGAAAACCACAGAGACGAGAGCUCAGCCCAGCACAGGAAACGCUACGUCUGAAUCCGCCAAAACGUCGUCAACACAGCCAUCCAAAACGCCGCCAUCAACAACACAGCCAUCCAAAACGCCGNCAACACAGCCAUCCAAAACGCCGCCAUCAACAACACAGCCAUCCAAAACGCCGGUGUCAGCAAAAGAGUCGUCCAAAACAGUCAGUGUGGUCAAAACACUCACACCACCUGCAGAGACAAAAAACUUCUCUGCCAGCCAGCAGUCCUUUAAAAAGACCGUUGCUCCUCCAAGCGUGCCCAAACGAGAAAUCGAAGUGAACAUGAACGUCCUGGCGAAGAAGCAACAUUUGUGCUGGCAACGAGGAAAAGUUGCAGAAAUAGUAACAAAAGAAGGUGGAAAGGUGAAAUACAAGGUCAAUUUUGAGGAGAAGGGUAAAAUCCUUGUGUCCGGUCACCACCUCGCCUUUGACAACAUGCCAAAGUUGGACGAGCUUUCUAUAGGCUGUCGUGUGGUGGUCAAGAUUUCAAACGAGAAAGUGGCAUACAAGCCCGGCAUAAUGGCCGAGCUCCCUAGCCGAAAAAAUCGCAUGAGGUUCCUGGUGUAUAUUGAUGACCACACUCCCGUGUACGUUGGGUUGCCUGUGCUUCAUCUGGUGUACAGACCAUUGGACAACCCUUUAGACGACAUUCCUGAUGAAAUUCACAGGACCUUCAUGAAGGACUAUCUGAAAGACUGGCCUUACCCACCGCAGACCCAGUACAAAGUUGGACAGGUUAUAAAGGCUGACUAUGAAGGUGUCAUGCAGAAGUGUGAGAUCACGGCUGUUGACUGCAGCUUGGUUGAGGUCAUUUUUGAGAGUGAUAAACACAAGGAGUGGCUCUACCGAGGCUCGCUGCGUCUGGAACAUAUGGUCAUUAUGAGGCACAGCAUGUUCAAGAAGUAGGCUGCGGAAUCGGCGAAGAAACCUCGUUAGUCACUGGAUCAUUAAAAUCAACACAUUAGGUUGAGAAAAACCAUGUCUGAAAAGGGGAACAGCGUACUUUCUGCUGGCGCUCCCAGCUCCUGGUGGAAACGCUGCAGUGGUUUUCCAAAAUUCCUCUGGCAUUAUGUGACUUUGGCUGUUCCACUUGCAGCUUUUCUUGAGUCAUCUGAGAGUUUGGGCCGUUAAGGAAGCUAAAUUCACAUUAAGCUAAUACAUUUUUGAAACCACAUUGUCGAAGUGACACAACUGCGUCUGUAGAUUGGAAUAGUAUCAUCGAUCUUCUGAAUGUUCUACCUCAUUUAAAUAGCAGAGAACUCGUUAUUUUUCUAAAAGACAGUUAUUUCUAUUCAAUUGCAAAUGCUUUUUUUUUUUUUUUAAACCUUCUUGUGUGGUCUGUAUUGUUAAAUAAAAACCAUCUUGUUUUUUGUGUGGUACAGGGUCUGUAAAAAAUGUUCAACCCCUUGGAUGUUUUAUCUGUGAUUGCUUUAACAAAUCAAUCCAAAUCUGCCAUUUUUCACAAGAAAUGAUUUCUUUAUUGUCAAAGUGAACAUUUCUACGAAAUGAUUAUAAUAAAAAUAUUUGACAUAGAA